AUGGUGCAUCGCCUCUUUCUCGUUCUCGCUCGGGAGCCAAAACGAACACGCCUGCUACCUACUGUACUGGACCUUCGACCAGGCAUUCUACCUUUGUCGAAUCGGAACCAAUACCACUGCAUUGCGCUCGAACACUUUGGCGUUCCGGUUGCCUUUAGCGCCGGCGAGAGUCUUUCAGCCGUACCUUCCCAUUCGGAUUGGUUUACCUUUACCGAGGAUAUGCUGGAAGACUCAGCGAGUUCCGGGCGUAGUAGUAGUACCUCAGCGGUAAAUCAACCGCUUCCGGGGGAACAAGCUACGCCUCCCGCUCUUCCGGGAGCUCGGACUCCGCCCUACACCCCCUACCCCUAUGGCCCAGAGGAAGUGAUAGGAGGGGAUUCGGUCCGCUCUAUAGAGGGCCGCCUCCUGUCGGGCAAAACAGCGCCUUCGUCGCUAGAUAUAUAUCUAGCCCGGAUCAACGCCGAGGACCUAUUCGAGGUCAAGGUGGAUAUCAUCCGGGAGAUGGCGGGCCUGCAUCCAAGUGGCGAUUGGCUGGGGCGGGGGGCUCGAGCCCUCGAUAAUCCGAGGGGGAAGGAGUCCUUGGGGGAGCUCCUUCAAAUGCGUAGAGACCUACGGGCUAGGAAUUUGAAAUCCGAGACCUUCGGCCUAUUAAAGGAGAAGGUUUUCCUUAGGGAUACCCCCCCCUCAGAAGGCUCUUCCGUAUAG